CACAGCUCGAGAUAAUUGAGAAAGGAAAGGCAAACCGGGCUUGGUAAGGACUCUGCGACGACAACAAACAACAACACAACAACUCCCCCCGGCAUAACACACACGGUACGUCAGCGGAUCUCUGUCACUUUGCACCUUCUCCACGAAUCGACCAACUCACCCCAUUUUCUACGAAUCCCGAAGUUCACUAACUCCGACAUUUUUCGCAAACAGACCCGACACAAUGGCUGAGACUUCGAUCAUUUCCUCAGGCUGGCGCAACGUCCAGGUUGGCCGUGUCCUCCUCCUCCAGGCUGGACCUUCCACCGGCCGUCUCGCCACCAUUGUCGAGAUCAUCGACCACAAGCGAGUUCUGGUUGAUGGACCCUCAGCGGACGCCAAGCUCUUCGUCCCCAGACAAUCCAUCGCCCUCAAAGACGCCCUCCUGGCACCCUUUGUUAUCGAGAAGCUGCCCCGUGGUGCCCGCACCGGUGCCGUCAAGGCCGCUUGGGAGAAGGCCGAGAUCGACUCCAAGUGGAAGAACAGCAACUGGGCCAAGACCAAGGCUCAGCGGGAGGCGCGCAAGAACCUGACCGACUUUGAGCGGUUCCAGGUCCUGCGUCUCAAGAAGCAGCGACGUUUCGAGCAGCGCAAGGCUCUGGCCAAGGUCAAGGCCUCGUCGUAAACGAUGGACAAGAACGAUUGAUUACGGCAUGGCAUGGCAUGACACGGGUUAGGGGGGAGGCAGGGCCUUUGUGUGUGGUUGGGCAUCGACUGGUAGCGUAGCUGUCUGGCGGACGGUGAAGUCUCGUCGCGGCUGUUAUUAGUCAAACUCAGUUUUCCGUUAUCCCGCACGGAGAUCUGGUCUGCAUGAAUCUGAGGGUUUCGGCGUUGAUGGAUUUUUGCUACAUCGAGGGACUGUAUGUGCACAUCUCAGCAGAUGAUGACUUGGCGUCGAAUGAUAUAUGGACAUUGACAACCAAGAAUUGCGUUGCAUAUUUUUUUAUUAUUAGAUUUGUCUACAUGACGCACUACACGCGUCCCGAACUGGGGUGAUAAUUGCGAACAUAAAAAAUAAUCU